AACAAGAAUUAAAUGCAUGUUGUUUGACAACUUCAGAUACUGAAGGUGAAGAAGAAAUAACUUGCGAACAGGCUGUAUGCGAGUACUGUCAUUUUGGUUGUAAAUCAUUUUCGCGUUUGAAAGCGUUCUAUGCAAUCCGUGUAGUUACGUAUGAUGUGGAAAGUAUAUCUUAACAAUAAGCGAAGUGCCUGAAAUCGUAACUGAGUAAACGAUUUGAGAAUGUCGAACAAAUUGUUAUUUUGAAUGCGUCGAACCUCACCUUAAACUAUUUGUAACUCGAGGAAAAAACGUUGAGCUCGUAACAUCAUUAAAAGUAAAGAAGAAGUAGUUAUUUCUGUGCUGUCCAGUACCAAGGAUUUAUGAGAGUCUUUGAACUGAACUGUCUUAACUCCAUUAUACUGUGGCUUUUAUUGGGCAUAUGUCGCAGUGAGUCAAUCCAUGACAGACAUAUGCUGCCACCUUGCAGCAAUUUCGGAUGUUGGUGUCAGUGGUGGUUGUGUGUUAUUGACAGUGCAAAGGAUGGAGGUACUGUGACAAACACAAAACAGUUUGCAAUGAAUGGGUCUUAAGUUAAAUUCCUUGUUGACUCUGCAUUCAGAUUUGAUGGUGUGAGAACUAAUUGGUUCAUAAAGUUGCAGUGAUUCAAGCCAGAAUAACGCCAUGUGGAACAUUCUGUUUUGUGUUUCAGUAAAUUUGAAAUUAGAGCUAAACAAUGAUCAUAAAUUUACUCCAAAUUUUGAUAGUGGUUGUACUGUCUUACACAGCAGGACAGCUUGCUACUAACCUGGAAUAAUAGGUGUGGAAAUGCAGAAGAACCUAAUUUAAGAACUCAUGAAGAAACAAAUAAGAAAUAAACAUGGCAGAGAAGUGGAUUGGUUAUACUGUAUCUAUUGACUGUGGUGACACUCUGGGAAAUUACCAGGGGCAAAUAUGUCAUGUAGACGGGAAGGACCAAACUUUAACACUGAGGAAAGCAUUUCGCAACGGUGUUCCGGAUCCUUCCACAGAAGUGACAUUGAGAGCUAUUGAUAUUAAGAGCCUGAAAAUUAUAUCAGCUGUUGAUGAUGUGGAAUCACUAGGAUCCUCACAAAGUGUUGUUACUGUAACAAAACCAAUUGCAAAACGACCAGGACGUUCCAUGAGUGAAAGUUUGGCGACUACAAAAACUUCUCAACUCCGUGAAUCACCACGUAAACUUGCAGAUGAUUCUGGCAUACGCCAGAACACUGUUAAUGAAGGGAGCAGAACACCCAGCAAAAAGGACAGAGCUCGCCAGAAAAUGUCAGAAAGAGAUGAAGCUUGCUUUGGCUCAUCAGUUGACAACAUAUUAGGCCAUGAAUUUGAUUUUGAAAAAAAUUUAGCAUUAUUUAAUAAGAAGGCAAUUUAUGAUGAGAUCAAUGCAUCACAAAGGCCUGAUGUGAUUCGACAAGCAGACUUUGCAAAACGAAAUCAAAAAUAUCGCCAUUAUGAAAAUGUUAUAGAAAGCUCACCAGCUUCAUACAGACAAAUUAUAGUACCAGCACCAGGGUUGGCAGAAUAUGUCACAGAUGAUGGUUUGGUCAUCCCCAGUAUCAGUCUAGAGUUGCGUUGUGAUCUGCUCCGAGCUGCCGAAGAAAGAGGAUUGACAGCAGAACGACAGAUAGAGCUCAUGGGCCGUGCAGCUACUGAAAUGGCUCUGCAACUUUUAGGUGGUGGGCACAGGCUCAACCCUCACAAUGUUCACCAGUGGCCAACUGUAGUAGCGUUAUGUGGCCCACAUCGUCAGGGUGCAUAUGCUAUAAGUUGUGCUCGGCAGUUGGCUAGCCAUGGUGUGAAAACAGUUGUAUUUCUACUGGAUCAACUCAAUAUGGUGCCAGAAGUUAGAACUGAACUUCAGCUUUAUAAGUUUACAGGAAACACCAUCCUUACAAAUACUGAAGACUUACCAUCACUGGCUAUUGAUUUAAUCAUUCUGGCACUUUUGGAUGAGCAGUCCAGCACACCUGAAAGGAACUUUGUUAACUACAUGCCUGCAGCAAUGUGGGCAAAUGAGUGUCGUGCUCCUGUUCUUGCCCUGGAUCCACCAGCUGGUGGGACAGCAUUUGUUGACACUAAAUUCUCAUUGCUUCCAUUUUUGCCACUUGCUCACAGUUCAAAUAAUGGAAAGCUUUAUCUUUGUAACCUUGGGUGUCCACAACAGGUUUUUGAGGAAAUUGGUAUCAAAUACACAUCACCUUUUGGACCGAAGUUCGUGAUACCUCUUCAUGUGAAUGAUACAUGAACUUCAUGCUUCUUUUCAGUUGAUACUACUACUCUCUGAUGAUGACAAAGCAUUGAUAAGGUUUUUUGGCAUUUUUGAAGAGAAAAGGUGUUAUCAAACACUGGCAGACUGUGAUUUAAAUAAGAUUACUCUAAAAUCUACACAUUUUCAUGGGCCACUUAAUCAAAUGGAAGAUAAAAUAAUUUCAUAUGUGGAGAGAAGUGUGUGGGGAUACCAGUCAUUGAAGAAACGUGUAUCUUUGCAUCAAAUAAAUUUUAAAUUGUAAUUUUGAA